UUUUUCCAGUGGCCCUAAUCCUCUUCUGUAGAAACAGCCCUGUCUUGACAGAGUCUACUUUUGUUAAUACAUGAAUUUUCUCAAGGAAUAUUUGGCCAUCAAAACGUGGAGAAGAAUAAAAGUAAGUAAAGGUUAUUUAUAAAAUCCUUUUCACAGAUAGAAAAUCACAAAGCACUGUGCAACAAAAAUCAACAUUAAACUAUACAAAGAUUAAAAACAAGAAUAAGAAGUACAAUAAAAAAUCGCAGGUCUGAGCUCCUUAGGUCUGUAGUAAAUCAUGGAAAGUUUACAUCUGCUCCACGUUCCUUGAAUUAGUUAUCUGCCAUCGCUUACAAGUUUUACAACUGUCAAUGCCCACAAACAGUAAGCUAACCUCAUCAUUCAUCUGUCCUAUCAGAGCGCGCACCAGCCGAGUCACGUGGACGACUUUUAAUGUCUGAUUCGCCCGCGGUAAGAUGAGAGAGAAACUUCUGGCUCUUCACUGAAGAAAAUGCGAGCCUCUGCGUAAAACUCAGCUUACCAGCGGAUGCGCAGCGUCAGCGGAACCACAACGAUGACAGUGAUCUUCAUCAAGUGAACAGACGCAAACAUUAAAAAAAAAAGCAGCUCGGAGAGCGGCGGGGGAAAGUGGUUGCAUGGCACCGCAGUCGUGCGUAAUGAAUCCUGCGCAAGGAUCACCAGCCUUGGACACAUCGCGUCAGGAUAAAGCCGCUGGAGAAACUGGAGCCGAGGAGCUGGACAUGGCACCCAGAAGGAGCUGUAAAACCAAAGGUUUCGAGCUGCCUUUCAGUGUGGAAUCCCUCAUAUCGGACAGGACCUCUCCGUGCAGCAGCUCCCACUCCUCUGACCUUACGUCAGGCUGCGUCCGCACGGAGGAGACCGAGUGUGCGUCACCGAGAGGGAUCUGUGGGUCCAAACUGGAGGCGGUGGACCUUAGCGACAAGGAGAGGACCUGGCUCCAGGAUCCAUACCAUGCACACACAAGAAUCCCCAACCCAACUACGUGCAACCUGCGGAAACACAAGAACAACAGGAAACCCAGGACCCCCUUCACCACGUCCCAGCUGCUCUCUCUGGAGAGGAAGUUCCGUCAGAAACAGUACCUGUCCAUCGCGGAGAGAGCAGAGUUCUCCAGCUCCCUGAACCUCACAGAGACCCAGGUCAAAAUCUGGUUUCAGAACCGACGAGCCAAAGCCAAGAGACUGCAGGAGGCCGAGCUGGAGAAGAUAAAGCUGGCCGCAAAGCCGCUGCUGCCGGCGUUCGCCUUCCCCUUCCCGCUGAGCGCGCCCCUGGGCGCAGCGCCUCUGUACGGAGCUCGGCCUGCUUUCCCCGUACCCGGACUACUCAGCAGGCCUUACGGGAUGUAUUACUUGUCUUAACUAAUAUCCAGGACGCUGAGUUGGAAAAGCGUUAUUCAAAUAUGUUUUUAGAAAGAAAAUAACAAAUGUCACAAAAAAUAUCCAUCCCGAUAAAUCUCUUUUCUCUCUCUCUCUCUCCCCCCCUCUCUCUCUCAUUUUUUUUUUUUUACAGUUCUUAUAAGUUCAAUGACAUUUAUAUCGCUAUAGUUGGUGUGAGAAAUAUUUUUACACAUAUAUGUUUACAAGCGUGGUCUACCUUAUUUCUUUGGAAACAAAUUUGAUGGAGUAAGAGAUUUUAAAGAGGUCAGCCCAGAUGACAUUUAUAAAAAGAUGAAUUAUUUUUAGGCCAGCAAACUUGUUUUUCUUGGUGAACUUUUGCGCACAUUUUACGCAAAAGAUGAAAAUUAAAUCGCACUCCACUGUGUUGUAAGCGGUUUAAUUUACUAAAGCUUAAUUCCAUUAGAUGCAGUUACUUUUUUUUAUCUUGAAAGGCCAACUUGUUCUGAAUUGAGAAUAUCUUUUUGAAAGGUAUCCAGACUUGCAUGUUUUUGACGUGCGGAGCUUUAGAAAAUGUUUUUGCUGAGGCCGUACCAAAUUUGCUAUUUUUUUUAAGAACUUUGCUGUCUUAUGAUAAACAAAUUACAUGGAAAUAACCCUAAAGCAGUGUGACUAAAACUGGUUUCUCAGUGUAGUUGUUCUUUAUGGCUCAAAGGCACCGCAACCAAUUUAUUUUAAUUUCAAGAAUAAAACGAAAAUAAAAUUUACAAGUAGAUUGCAAAUCAUAAUUUAUAGUGCGAAAAUAUUACUGAACUACUGGAAAAAUGGCAGUCUUAAGUAUCCCUUUUUAAACCUGUAUAAGAAGUGAAGGCCAGAAAACAUCUCAUCCUCCUUUUUCAAAUACCCUAAAAAUUGACCAAACAAGUCUGACACCGAACUGGAACCAUCAAUAGAACCAGUUUUUUUUU